GUUUGGCAUAGUUACGCAAAUGAAUGUACAUCGGUUUUCUGAGGCCGGCGGUGUAGAAGAUGGCGGCGAAAGUUCUCAAACUCUAACCUGUGCUUAGACGGUUAACCGUACAAUCAAAUGCAAAGCAAGGGCAAUUGGAGGAGUUUAUAUAUGAGUUAGGACUUCCAGUAUGUACCGUUUGCUGGUAAAUUAGCCUUUUGCUGGCGAUAACUAUGCAAGCCACAAGACUUCAAAUAAUUAAAAACGACCCUAACAAAGAUGACAGAUUCUGCAAAAUUUUAACUACUCCGGCCGUUUUAUUAGAGAAUGAAGUCCAGUCGUACAGCAAGGACCUCCUUCGUCAAAGGGAGAUGGGAGCUAACUUAGGUGGGCAUACGGGAAGGCAACAGAUAACACUACAACCACGCUCCAAGGCUGUUGACAAAAAGCCAUACUCGCACAAGAAACCAAACUCUAAAUCCGUGGGAUUUUACAACGAAGAUGAGCUCGCAGAUACUAAGGAGGGAGUCAAUCCGAAUACCAAGUCGAAUGAUCCUGGCUGGUGCGACAGUAGCUCGAAAGGAUUCCCCGAUGCCAACAGUAACAAGAUAAGGGCGCACAAACGGCGCCGUGUUACGUUAAAUGUGUCCGGAUUCCGCUAUCAAACAUAUGUUGAAACUCUGGACAAAUUCCCAACCACUCUGUUGGGUGAUCCAGCGAAAAGGAGGGAAUAUUUCGAUCCGGAUCUCAAUGAAUAUUUUUUCGAUCGCAAUAAACAAGUAUUUGAGAUUAUCCUCUAUUUCUAUCAGUCUAAUGGCCGACUGGUGUGCCCACCAGACCUUGCGCCGGAGAUUCUUCUGGAAGAGGUUGAAUUUUUUGAUCUUGGAGAGACCGCGAUUAAUGCUGUCAAGGAACUCUUAACGGACGAGGAACCGGACGAAACGCCUAGAGACAUGCCUACAAAUAAAAUCCAGACGCAAUUCUGGAACUUGUUUGAAUACGCCGAUUCUAGCAAAGCCGCGCGAGUAAUCGCGUUAUUCUCGGUCUCAAUAAUUGUUGCCUCGAUUGCCGUCUUAUGCGUAGAGACAUUACCGAACUUUGCAAUACUACCUAUACACGAUCCCAAUAACACCGAAGAAGUGCUCAGAGUAAACAAGCACAAUGAAGGUGCAAUAUUGGCUCGGAGAUGGUUCGGUUACCUUGAAGCCGCAUUCAUCGCUUGGUUCACGCUCGAGUAUUUGGUACGGUUUUUGUCAAGUCCGAAAAAAUGUCCGUUCGUGAGGUCAUUCCUGAACGUUAUAGACAUCCUGGCAAUAGUGCCUUUCUACAUCGACCUCAUCCUGAACUCUGUUCAAUCCAACGACGGCACUCUAUCUUUAGCCUUUCUGAGGAUCCUGCGUUUAGUUCGGGUUUUCCGAAUUUUCAAGCUCUCCCGGCACUCCAGUGGGCUACAAAUACUAGGCUUGACUUUGAGAAAAAGUCUACGUGAGCUUGGGCUGCUUAUCUUUUUCCUCUUCAUCGGUGUUGUCAUCUUCUCCAGCAUGGCCUACUAUGCAGAGGCCGGGACAAAGGAUACCCAUCUGGGACGGAGUAUCCCGGACACAUUCUGGUGGGCGCUCGUUACCAUGACAACAGUUGGAUAUGGUGACCUGGUUCCUAAGACUCUAUGGGGAAAGCUUGUUGGCUCGUGUUGUGCGCUGUGCGGAGUGCUUGCUAUAGCACUUCCGGUUCCUGUCAUCGUAUCCAAUUUUGAUGCCAUUUACAAGAAACAUCGAAGCCGCAAAAUCAAGUCAGGCUGCGAUGAUGAGGAAGGCCGUAAGAUCAGCAUCAUGGUGUCUUCCUGUUCUACUUCAUCAAACGACGAAGGCGUCGAGUCCCCCUCCCUCUACCACGGAGGCUUCCAAGGGCCGUACGAGAAACCCAACGAGAAACGAAACGGAGAUCUACGCCUCAACUGCGAGGAAAAUACCCCGGAAAAACGCAACCCAGAGAACAGUGAGUCAAAACCGUUGCUUUCAGAGAAUCCGGACCAGUUAGAGAUGGCACCGCUGAACAACACGAAAAAGAAUGAGGAAAAGGAGAACACGGAGUUGUCCAGACAGACCUCAGUGUAGUUCCACAAUGGAAAUUAAUAACUAAUAAUCAUUACAAGCUGACUUUAUUUUAUAAAUUAUUUUUAGACUUGUCGGCGCCUGCGCGUCUUUUAACAUGAAGGAAAUUGCAAGUUUGUCCCACAUCUUGCGUAUGGCUUAUCACCCUCGGAAAAGAGUAUCUCGGAAAAGAACGUCCCGGAGAGAGUAUUUUGGAAAAAAAAUAUCGGAAGAGAUAUCUCGGAAAAGAGUGUCUCGGAAGAGGGUAUCUCGCAAAAGAACGUCCCGGAGAGAGUAUCUUGGAAAAAAAAAAUAUCGGAAGAGAUAUCUCGGAAAAGAGUAUCUCGGAAGAGGGUAUCUCGCAAAAGAACGUCCCGGAGAGAUUAUCUUGGGGGAAAAAAUCUCGGAAAAGAGUAUCUCGGAAGUGAGGAUCUCGGAAAAUAAUUAUCUCGGAAAAGAGUAUCUCGGAAGAGGGUAUCUCGGAAAAGAGUAUCUCAGAAGAGGGUAUCCCGGAAAAGAGUAUCCCGGAAGAGAGGAUCUUGGAAAGAAAAUCUCAGAAGAGAGGAUCUCGGAAAAGGGUAUCUCGGAAUAGAGUAUCCCGGAAGAUAGGAUCUCGGAAAAAAAUAUCCCGGAAAAGAUCCUGCAAAUAAAUAUCUCGGUAAAAAGUGUCUCGGAAAAGAGUAUUCUGCAAUUAUGCAACAUAUAAAUUCUCAUGUGAUUGAACAGAUACAAUGAGGGAAUACAAAUUAUCUUUACAUAAACUUCACAUGAGGAAUAGAAAUGAUUUAGUCAACGUAUAUCGAUACUGAGUCUUCUUGGGUUCUCAAAUGUCGAGAAAGACUGUCUUUACGACUAAUGCUGAUCCUAGAACUAAAUAAUUGUGUAACGUAGAUCAUCUUCACAUAAACAUCGUCCGAUCCUCAAAGAACAAGAAAGAUCAAUGGAAGGACGCCGGUCGUCAAUGUACAAGACACAGGUAUCCCGAAGGCUGCUGCUAAAGGAGUGUAACAGAUAGGGGACACAAAUGACAUGCUCCAGGAUCCAGCGUACUUUGCGGGCGCUCCCAAAGAGUGACCUUCGGGUGCGCCCGCAAAGCAUGCUGGAUUCUUGAGCAUGCAAAAAUAAUGGUCAUCUGUUCAAGAAUUUCUUCAGGUGUUUCAAAGGGUGGUCGGAAUUCACAAGGGAUGCCAUCUAUGGUGGUCAAUAUCAGAAAAUGAAGUGAGAGAUGGCACAGCUAACGGCUUUCGAAUGUUGUCGGCAACAGAUAAAGCCGACCGUAUUAUGUGCAAAAGAGCAGAGGGUUGCAACGACAAUAGAGUGCAUAAUUGAUCCGAUAUCCAUGUUGCAGGUCAACAAAUGCGAUUCAAGGCCCGUAGACCCGACUUGAGUGACAGUGUUGUUUUCUUUUGAAUAUUCAAAACUCUUAUCAUUUUGAAAAUACUUCUUUUUCGAUUGUUUGAUAAUUUAUAAACGGAAUUGAGCUGUUUUAAUUGUAGGAUGGAUUGAAAUUCACCCCGAUUCAAGUGGAAUUAUUUUGUUACUAAGGUGAACACGGGGUGAGGUCUUUCUAUGUCGACUUGAUAGGGCUGCUCGUCGUAUUUUUAGGGGUCAAAAUCGGACCUCAGGUAUUUUUAGUGGGUAUACAAAAAAAUUGGCUUUUUUUUCUUAGAAAUGGUAUUUUCUAGGGAUCCUGAGGUAUUUUUAAAUAGCAAUUUUUGGCGUGCAGGUAUUGUAUGGGGUAUUUUCGAAUUUCCUGACGAGCAUCCCUACCAUUUUUACCCUGAAGACCCCCCUCGAGGGUGAAGAUUUCAUAACCUACAAACCCACGUGUCACGCAAGUCGAAAAUCGAGGGGCUUUAAAUCUUGUAGCUCCAAAUCGCGCGGCCGCUCCUCAGAGUUAAGUUGCUUUACGCAGGAUCAGUUUUACAUUUAGGUGAAGGUGCCAAAAUAAGGGGAAAAUAAGUAAAGGCCUGCAAGCAUGCUUGCUUGUAACCUAUCGGAUAUCAUGGCCACAUACGGCACACAAUCCUUCUAUGUAUACCAAAGAGAAUCAUGAGAAAUCACAGUCAUAUUUAUUUACACACAGGAACAGAAUUCUUAUAAAUAUAUAUAUUUUCUUUUUGAGAUGUAAACAAAUAGGGUAGUACAAGUUUAACCUAGAAUUUUGGCCUUGCUUUAUCUAAUGUCGCUAUAGUGCUCUAAAACGCUGCGUAGGGACUGACACGUCGAGUCCUAGAACCUAGCCUUUAAGCCCAUUGCAAACAACUCCAGCAUCACUGUUGAGAACCUUCCUAGCUAGUACAGCAUGCUGCGCGGGACUGGGAAGAAGCUCAACAGCUUUUCCAUGUCUCGUGGUCAGUUAAGCGAGGCUGCUGCAAUGAUGUAUCAGGGCCGUAGCAGGGUGUGGGGCACUGGGGGCACGUGCCCUCAAUGUGUUCGUAAUUUAUAAGAAAAUCACCAGUAGGGGGGUGACCGUGCCCUCCAAUAGUAUCUUCAUAUUUCUGAACCCCCACCCCCUCCUCCCCGAUUCGAGGCCUGCUAUAGCUCUGACAGAUCACUGAUGAUGGCGUUGUUUGCUCAGGGGUUAGGGUAACUUCUGAAUGGACACAGUGACUCAGGCCGGGAUGACUAAUCCAAUAAAUUGCUCUGUUUUGAAUAAGAUUCAUUAGGUUCAUCUUCACGUUAAUACGUUAUUUAUUACUUCAAACAUUUCCUUUGUAGUAUUCAAAAGAAUAUUCCAUGAAUCACCAAUGGUUGAAAAUGGACGCAAAAUUUAUUGUCAUCCGUGCUCUCUUUGCGAGAUGGGAUCCCAAUGACUAAAAGGGGGUUUAUCAAGCUUGUCGAAAAUGCACUGCAUUCUCAUUUCAAUUAGCAGCAUGGUUGGGUACGCGACGCGGUCUAUUUGACUCGAACGAACUCGUGCCCUAGAUGUAGUAUAAAUAUAGUAUAAAUAUACCGACAUUUUAGUGACUAGUAUGAUAGUAUAAUCUGAAGUACAGGCAAGAGCAAGGUACAUAAUUUGACCUGCUAAGGAUGGAAAUGUAUAAAAAUUGAAGAUAGAUUUGUUAACUAUUUUUGCCAUAGGGCUGAUGUUGAAUAUAUUUUCGUAAAUAAAUCAGUAAAUCCAA